AUGUUCGGAGGCAGCGGCGGCGUGGGCGGCGGCUACAACGGCGGCGGCGGCGACUGUGCGGACGGGUACGGGCUCGGCUACGUGGCGGGCGGCGGCCGCCUGCAGCAGUACGCCGCGCACUUCGCGCCGCACCAGAACGUCUGGCACCACCACCACCCCACGCACCACGACACCUACGCGGGCGGCGGCGCAGUGAGCGGCGUGGGCAGCGUGGCGGGCGGCCUGUACUCGCAGAACAUGGUGAUGGGCUCCUGGUGCGCGCCCUACGACGCGCUGCAGAGACCCACCGCAUACGGUGCCGACGCAGACCUACUCACCCGCUUCUAUAAGGAGGGCACCGUGCAGAGAUGGAUGAGUGUGGAGGGCAUGGCCAGGGGCAUGAAGAAGUCCGCAGCUCGGCGUCACGGCCAGUGUUGCACCAACUGUGGCUCGCGCAACACGACGCUGUGGCGACGCAACAAUGACGGCGAACCAGUCUGCAACGCGUGCGGACUUUACUACAAGCUGCACGGAAUCAACCGGCCCCUAGCUAUGCGAAAAGAUGGAAUUCAGACGCGGAAGCGUAAACCGAAGAAGUCUGGCAACGGAGGCAAGCCUCCGCAGGAUGCCAACAAGAAAGAUGACCACAACUCUCCGGGGAUGGACGACAGUAAACAAAGUCUCCCGGAGAUGCCGCUCCCGCUGACGCAGUCCAUGUCCAGUCACGGCGCGUCGAAGCCGCGUGAGCACGCCACGCCGGAGACCUCGCCCCACGCGCACGCCGCUCACCCGCACGCACUCGGACACUCGCAGGCGCACGCGCACGCGCAGGCACAGCCCGGGCACGCGCACGCUCAGUACCCGCUGGGGCUGCCGGCCGCGCCCUUCCUGUCCAACCCGUCGCUGUUCAACAUCAAGAGCGAGCCCAGCAAUGCCAACGGCUACGAGUCCUACCCCACACACUCCGGCCCGCACUACCACUCGCAGCAACACUACCUGCACGCGCUACAGUAUGGUCUCAGCAAUAGCGAGGAGGAGGAAGGCAGUGGCUUCUUACAUCAGCGCAAUGUGACGGCGCACGCCAAGCUGAUGGCGUCGACGUAG